UUACCUGGAUCCCACCUGCUCUGAUCUCUCCCAGCAAGGCCUCGAUCCUGAUAGUGGAUGGAGCGAGGGGAAGAGCUGCAGGUCCCAGAUCUCAGCAAAGGCGAGGAUGACAAGAGCUGUCCAAGCCCCCAAAUAGGUGAGGGGCUGGCGAGCAUGGCCAGGGCAGAGGAUGCGGCACCGGGAAGGGGCGGCACUAGCACUGAUGUGGAGCCGGUGGAGGGAGCGUGGCACAAAGACCCUGCUGCAGGGGCAGAGGAAGCGGCGCCCGGAGGCGGUGCAAGGGUGGAGGAGGCAGUGCCGGGAGGUAGCACUGAUGCAGAGCUGGCGCGGCACAGAGACCCCACCAUCAGGUGGCCCUUUAAAUGCGGCGACUGUGGGAAGAGCUUCCGGCAGAGUGCCAUGCUGACCAGGCACCAGCUACGGCAUGCGAGCGAGAGGCCGUACGUCUGCACCACCUGCAGCAAAGGCUUUUGCAACGGCGCAGCACUGGCUGCGCACCAACGGGCGCACACAGGCGAGCGUCCCUUCCCCUGUCUGGCGUGCGGCAAGGCCUUUGCCAGCAGCUCGGCGCUGCUGGUGCAUCAGCGCGUGCACACCAGCGAGCGUCCCUACCGCUGCGGGGAGUGCGGGCAGAGUUUCCGGCAGAGUGCCCACCUGACGCAGCACCAGCAGGGUGCCCACCCCGGCCCGCGCCCCCAUGCCUGCACUUACUGCGGCAAGAGCUUCGGGCUGCGCUGCACGUUGGCGCGGCACUUGCGGACGCACCGUGUCGAACAGCCCCACGCCUGCCCCGACUGCCCCCGCCGCUUCCGCCACUGUGCCCACCUGCUCCGGCACCGGCUGGUACACACGGGCGAGCGCCCCUUCCCCUGCCCAGUCUGCGGCAGGGCCUUUGCCCUGAGCGCCACUUUGCUGCGGCACCAGCUGGUGCACACGGGCGAGCGCCCCCAUCGCUGUGAGGAGUGCGGGCGCAGCUACACGCAGAGCUCCUACCUGCGCCAGCACCAGCGCAGUGCCCAUGCUGGCCAGCGCCCCCACACCUGUCCUGACUGUGGCCAGGCCUUCGCCGACCGGGCCAACCUCCUGCGGCACCAGCGAGGCCACACGGACGCCCGGCCCCACACCUGUGCUGAGUGCGGGAAGCGCUUUGCCCAGCUGGCCAGCCUGGUGGAGCACCGCCGGCGGCACACGGGCGAGAAACCUCACGAGUGCCCCCGCUGCGGGAGCUGCUUCCGCCACCACUCGGCCCUGCUUCCCCACCAGCGCUCUCAUGCCGGGGAGCGCCCCUUCUGCUGUGGGCAGUGCGGGCGUUGCUACACCCGCAGCUCCAACCUCCUGCUGCACCAGCGGGUGCAUGCUGCUGAGUGA